UACUGUCAAACGUCAUUGGCUUCACCAGAGACAAACGUACACAGUAAAUAACAACAGCGGCAAAAGUUAUUGAAACAUCAGCAAAAAAAAAACCAGAAUCUUUUUUCCGAAAAAAGUGUAAACUAUUUUGUCGGCAAAUUUUAAGCUUGUUUUUUUUUUGAAAAAUAAUUUUCGACUUCAAUCAAAAUGUAUUCGUUGUCGCAUAAAGAGGAAUAUGCUCACGAAGAGAGUAUUUGGUGUGUGGCAUGGGGUCGUACCAAAGAAGAAAAAUCCGAUUCGGAAAUGAAAGAUGUCGACGACGAAGAUUCACAAGAGCGAAAAAAUGAUGGUGAAUUGAACGAUUUUAUUGUAACUGGUUCGUUGGAUGACACAGUCAAAAUAUGGGAUGUCAAAGACAAACGGUUGCGAUUUCAAAAAGAAUUGGCCGGACAUUCGUUGGGUGUUGUUUCGGUUGCCGUGAGCGGCGAUGGAAAAACAAUCGCAAGUAGUUCACUUGAUUCGGGUCUAUUCAUUUGGAAAACGGAAACCGGACAAAAGUUGAAUACAACCGAACUUGGACCGGUUGAUUUAUGGACGGUAGCGUUCUCACCCGAUGAUAAGUAUGUUAUCUCUGGCUCACACGAGGGUAAAAUAACAUUGUAUUCCGUGGAAACAGGCAAACCCGAACAAGUUUUGGAUCCACAAAACGGCAAAUUUACCUUAAGCAUAGCAUAUAGCCCGGAUGGAAAGUACAUCGCUAGUGGCGCAAUCGAUGGAAUUAUCAAUAUUUUUGAUGUGGCCGCUGGAAAAGUUGCUCUAUCGCUCGAAGGUCACGCCAUGUCGGUGCGAAGUUUAUGCUUUUCACCCGAUUCACAGAUGCUUUUGACUGCCUCCGACGAUGGACACAUGAAACUUUAUGAUGUCGCGCAUUCAGAUAUAGCCGGUACUCUAUCGGGACAUGCAUCUUGGGUAUUAAGCGUGUCUUUCUCUGAAGAUGGCAAGCACUUUACGUCAUCGUCCAGUGAUAAAACGGUGAAGAUUUGGGAUGUUGCCGAACGAAAAUGUAUGCACACAUUCAAUGAGCAUUUGGAUCAAGUAUGGGGCGUAAAAUACAGUCCGGACAACAACAAAGUGGUCUCAGUCUCUGAAGAUCGAAGCAUUAACUUAUACGAUUGCCCAGCAAAUAUCAAACAAUCCCAAUAAAAAAAAACCAUUUAUUAAGUCUAAUUCUUGUACGAAACAAAAAAAACGACAUUGUUUAUAAUUUCAUUUUAAUUCAAAUUGAUUCUACAACGUGUUAAUGAAUAUUGCCAAUUGGAUUCACCACGCCGUUAUCAUAUCCUCCAUUUCCAAUACGGGUGUAUUUCCUUUUGGUUUCCUUACCGGUUCUUCGCGUUGAAGAUAUUUAUCCGACUCAGAUGGACGACUUGAAUAGAAAGUGUGCAAACAACUAUAAUAC